UUAUUUCUUCUCAUUUUUGAAUCAGCUGUUUUUUCCCAUUAAGAUCACCUCUUACGUCAAUGUUCUCCUUGUUCAUGUUUAUAUAUGAGCACGUCACCGCAUUAAAAACUAAAUGAAAUCUAAUAAUAGAGACAGAGUAUGUAAUAUUCAUAUAUCGCACGAAAUACAGUAAGCGCAGUUGGAAAGAACAGACUUUAUACAGUACGUCAUAUCUAUUCAUCAAAAUUCCACCUUGUUUAUUCUAAAAAAUUACGUUGCGUUUUCGCGGUGCUGUCACAAGGAGGACAAGGUUUCGCAAACAGAAAGAAGUUAUUUCCCUGUUAUUCCGUAUAUUGUGUUGGCGUUCAGUGAAAACAGCUUCUCAGUGAUCAAUUUACGCGACCCGAAUUUACAUUGGAUUUACAAACUUUUCAUGAUAUGAGCUCUCUUGGAAAUCACGAAGAGACCCGGCAUUCUCGUGUAUUAAUGCCGGUGCUCCUGAGUGCCUGCGCAAUUCCGAUCUCGAUGCUCUUCUGGAUAAUAAACGUAGUUUACUCGAUACUGUGGCCAGACACCAGAAAAUUCACGGAAGAACACUCGGUUAUUUCACCAUGGAGAUGGUUGGCAGCAGUUAUCAUUCCAUUGUUGUUCAUGUUUUGGGGUUUACGCAAAAGAAGCCUGAAUGCCAGUGGUGCAAUUUUUGGUCUCUUUGUGGGUUUUAUUUUGACACUAUCAAGCUUUGCUCACUUAUCAGCUCUUGCGACAUUUUUUGUCACUGGAUCGAAAGUGACAAAGUUUCGGUCCAAACAAAAGAAAAAGUUUGAAGUUGAUUUCAAGGAGGGUGGCCAGCGAAACUGGAUACAAGUGCUGUGUAACAGUGGUAUGGCUACGCAAUUGGCCUUAUUAUAUCUUUUGGAUGUCGGAAGCGGAGAAAGGCCCAUCGAUUUCGACAAGGAAUACCGAAGCUCAUGGUUGUCCAUUGGGAUAUUGGGAGCAUUUGCGUGUUGCAACGGUGAUACAUGGGCUUCAGAAUUGGGUACAGUGAUCGGCACAAGUGAUCCUUUCCUCAUUACCACAAGAAAAAGAGUGCCAAGAGGAACGAAUGGUGGUGUAUCAUGGAUAGGUCUAUUAUGUUCCACCAUUGGCGGUUUAAUAAUUGGGCUUCUCUAUUAUAUAGUGAUAUUAAAUACUGUCGAUACAGCUGUAUUGCAACUAGCAGCCCCACAGUGGCCUAUCAUAGUUGUCGCAGCAUUUGCAGGCUUAUUUGGCUCCAUUCUAGAUUCCGUUCUCGGCGCGACUUUACAAUAUUCAGGAAUAGAUGAAAAAGGUCUUAUAGUUGAGCGGCCAGGAAAAGGUGUAAAACAUAUUUGUGGUAAACAGCUUCUAGAUAAUCACAGUGUUAAUCUUCUUUCUAGUAUUGGUAUCGCCCUCGUUCUUCCGAGAAUAGCUAAUAUUUUCUGGCCAUAAAAUUUCAUAUUUAUUUAA